UUUAUGGGGAACUCCUGGAGCUAGUGGGGAAAGGGAGAGCCUUGGUUUGCUAUUCGAGUUCAGUGGCCUUGCGAAAAUCACAUAACUUUUCAAAGCCUCGGUUUCCUUAUCUGUAAAAUGAGAAUAAUGAUACCUAGUUUGCAGGGUUAUUUGAAAAUUUACAAGUACAGUUUGGCUAGAAAGCCACUGUUCGUUCUAGUGCUGCACAGACCUGGUGUGAGGUCUUUACCAAAAAUUGUCUUUUCAUUGUUAAAAACAAGACUUAUUCCCUUAUUUCCUCUGGUUCUGUCUUUCCAAGCUUAGUAUUCCUUGCUGUCUACCUGAGCUAAACUCUUCUAAGUGUUAUUGUCAUUACCAGGCCAGAAGGUGAUUGGUAGAGAAAGAAAGUCAUUAUGUAGAAGAGAGAAAAUUAAUGUUAAUUAAAUGUACAAUUGUUGAGCUAGCUUCUGCAUUCUGUGUGUUCCUGUAGUGUGAAGUAUAUACUAGGAAUUCCUUCAACUAGCAUUCAUUUUAUUUUGUUUUGUUUUAAAUGCAUGCUUAGGGAAAUAGUGAAUACAAAUCAGAUUUCAGAAACUAUUGAGCUGUCUGAAUGCAUUUGGGUACAGUAAAUUCCAAAUCCCAAAACUGUGUGUAGAAAGAGAACAACUUCCUUGAAUGAUUAAGCUUUUUCAUCUAUAACACCAUAUACAUGGCAUUUUAAAAUUAUACUUUUAUUGAUGUGUAUUAAUACAUAUGACAUUCCUUAUUUAUUAGUAAUGUAGUGGUUCUCAAAGCCUAUAUUUUUCUAUUACAGGUUGCUCACUUUUUUGAAGGAGGCCUAGUUUGCAUCUCAGCAUGUCAAUAGUAACAGUGCAACUUGGUCAGUGUGGCAAUCAAAUUGGUUUUGAAGUAUUUGAUGCUCUAUAUAGUGACUCACACUGUCCCCAGGGACUCUGCUCUAAAAGAGAGAAUGAGGUGUAUCAAGCAUCUUGCAAAGAAAGAUUCUUCAGUGAAGAGGAAAAUGGAGUUCCCAUUGCCCGGGCUGUACUUGUUGAUAUGGAACCUAAAGUUAUCAAUCAAACACUAUCAAAGGCUGCCCAGUCUGGCCGAUGGAAAUAUGGCCAGCAUUCGUGCUUCUGUCAGAAACAAGGUUCUGGAAACAACUGGGCAUAUGGUUACUCUGUUCAUGGACCCAGGCAUGAAGAAUCUAUAAUGAACCUAAUCCAGAAGGAAGUGGAAAAAUGUGACUGUUUGAGUGGUUUUUUCAUCAUAAUGAGUAUGGCUGGGGGCACAGGAUCAGGUCUAGGAGCCUUCGUUACACAGAAUUUACAAGAUCACUACUCAAACUCUUUGAAAAUGAAUCAGAUUAUAUGGCCUUAUGGAACCGGUGAGGUUAUUGUUCAGAACUACAACUCCAUUUUGACUCUUUCUCACUUGUACCGAUCUUCAGAUGCCCUCCUCGUUCAUGAAAAUGAUGCUGUUCAUAAGAUCUGUGCAAAACUGAUGAACAUCAAGCAAAUCUCCUUUACCGAUAUAAACCAAGUCCUUGCACAUCAGCUGGGAAGCGUGUUCCAACCUACUUAUUCUAUGGAAGGCUCAUAUCACUACAGAAGAAAUCCAUUAGGAGAGUUAAUGGAGAAUUUAGUCCCCCAUCCUGAAUUCAAGAUGCUGGGUAUUCGUAACAUUCCUCAGAUGUCUGAGAACUCACUGCCUUACAGUACGUUUACUUGGGCUGGCCUCCUCAAGCACCUGAGACAGAUGCUCAUUUCUAAUUCGAAAAUGGAAGAAGGUAUUGAUUGGCAGGUUCGGCCUCCUUUAUCAGGACUUCCUACUCUUGGUAAAGUGUCUCUCAACAGGGAGCUUCAUUUUAACACUUCCAUUGCUAACUUGGUCAUCCUUCGUGGGAAAGAUGUGCAUAGUGCAGAUCUGGGAGGAUUUAAAGAUCCAGCACUCUAUACUUCUUGGUUAGCGCCUGUUAAUGCUUUCAAUGUAUGGAAAACCCAGCGAGCAUUUAGCAAAUAUGAGAAGUCUGCAGCAUUGGUCAGCAAUAGCCAGUUCUUACUAAAACCACUUGAUACGAUUGUGGGCAAAGCAUGGAAUAUGUUUGCUUCAAAAGCCUACAUUCAUCAGUACACAAAAUUUGGAAUUGAAGAAGAGGACUUUCUGGACAGUUUCACAUUGUUGGAACAAGUUGUUGCCAGUUACUGCAAUCUCUGAUUGCCAACAGAGGAGAAAAAGUACCCUAGGUCAUUUUGGGGCUAAACAAUUUUCAAUAUUACUUUUUCUGUAAGGUGUUCAGAUCCCUACCUGUUAAAGUAACAAAGGUGAAUGCUGUUUCCUUUGGCAUACCAUAACCACAGAAAAGGAGGAAAACUUUUUUUUUUAAUUUUUUUUAACGUUUAUUUAUUAUUGAGAGAUACAGACAGAGUAUGAGCAUGGGAGGGGCAGAGAGAGAGGGAGACACAGAAUCCAA